AUGCUGCUGCUUGAGAAUGGGAAUAGCAGUGAAGACACGUCAGAAGGUAGCGAUGGACCACCUUCUCCAAAGCGUGCAAGAAUUGAUGACGAAGGUCUCAUUGCAGAGGCUGUAUUAUCCUAUGCUGCAAGCGUUGGCGAGGCGGACGACGCUCCAUCAACAUACAGCCAAGCGUUAAAAGGCGAAGACAACAGCAAGUGGAUUCAAGCGAUGCAAGCGGAGCUCAAGGCGCACGCCGAUAACGGGUCCUGGACACUGGUACCAAAACGGCAAGACAUUCGACCAAUCGGGUGCAGAUGGAUAUUUGCUAAGAAGCGAAACGAACACGGACAAGUGGUGCGCUACAAAGCUCGACUCGUCGCAAAGGGGUUCAAGUAG